UUGCCUCCCGGAUUCCCGAUUUUACUUAAUUAUUAAAAUAUCAGUUGAAUUAUUGAAAAUUAUAAUACAAAACAACCAAAAUGGUGGAAGCACAGAAGUUUAGGAUAGAGCAGGAGAUGACCAAUCUUGUAAAUGAAUUGGACAGGAGUUAUUUACGGAAAAUGCAGGGUGAUAUGCACAGAUGUGCAGCGCAGUGUUGUGACAACCAGCAAAACACCUUAGAGAGAGUGCAUGGGUGCAUUGACAACUGCACUACCUCUCUCAAUCAGGCUAACAACUAUGUACAGAAUGAGAUCAACCACUUCCAGAAUAGGCUACAGCGUUGUGUGAUGGAUUGCAACGAUUCAGCACGAGACAGGCUUGGCCCAGAUCCUAGUCAGGAAACCAUCGACAAAUGCACGAUAGACUUUGAGAAGUGUGCCGUUAAAUGCGUUGAUAAGCACAUGGGCAUUAUUCCCAGCAUGUUAAAGACAAUGAAAUCCGUGCUGGCCAGUGGGAAGCCUCCUCCAACGAGAAGCGAAUGAGAAAUACAUCUUUACAGUACAUAUGGUGCUACUUUCUCGCACUAGUGCGUAAAGAGCACUUUUCGUGCAUAUGUAGAAAGUUUAAAGGCCCAUAUGUACUGUAAAACGUUGUACGAUACACGUGCGAAUAGGUAAUUCGCAACUCGUGUCGAUUUAAAACACUCCCUGCGGUCGUGUUUUAAUUUAUCGCCACUCGUUUCGAAUUUCCUCUUUUCCGCACUUGUAUCGUAAAUAACUAUUACCGUGUAUAAGAUUCCAGGCAGUUAAUUUCGCGUCGAAUAAUGGCCCUCGCAUGAAUGGAGUAGCUGUCACGUAAAAGUAGCCUGUCACCCGCCAUCUUGGUAUUGGUGACAUCGGCUCGUGAUUAAUUUCUUGAUUUUUGCUCAUUAAUGUUGUUUAAAGUGUAAAGAGCGCUGGUGGCCUAGCGGUAAGAGAGUGCGACUUGCAAUCCGGAGGUCGUGGGUUCAAACCCCGGCUCGUACCAAUGAGUUUUUCGGAACUUAUGUCCGAAAUAUCAUUUGAUAUUUACCAGUCGCUUUUCGGUGAAGGAAAACAUCGUGAGGAAUCCGGACUAAUCCCGACAAGGCCUAGUUUCCCCUCUGGGUUGGACGGUCAGAUGGCAGUCGCUUUCGUAAAAACUAGUGCCUACGCCAAUUCUUGGGAUUAGUUGCCAAGCGGACCCCAGGCUCCCAUGGAGCCGUGGCAAAAUGCCGGGACAACGCGAGGAAGAUGGUGAAUGUUGUUUAAAGUGUAAUACUGAUUAGAUAGCUUAUUAUGCAGUAAACUAAUGUGGGAAACAAGUGUGCGGAUAAUGAAGAAUUUUAUUAAACUCGAGUUUAACCACCAUUCUGGAGACAACGCCAGGUUACCCACGUCACAGAAUAAGUAAUAGUAUUCUCAUACAGAACGGCCACGCCCCGCCCCGCCCCGACUCGAAUUACCUCGCCCCGCGACACCAGAUUGACGACCAUUUGCCGGCCGCUCAGUACUAUUUUUAAGCAACUUAUUCAUACUAUGACGCAUGACGCGUGUACAGACGUGCCGUUCACACAUAGAAACGCAAGUGAUUAUUGAUGUAUAGCGUGUCCGCCCUGUGACACUUACUAAAUAGUCCCACUUCUGUUUUUUUGAACUUUAGCGAGUGUCAAUGCAAAUUUCAGAAAUCGUUAUAAAAUAUAAAUAGUAAAUACAUAGUACAUACAUUGUAUGUAAAAUGAAGGCUUGAAUUAGAAGUAAUAAAGAACUGAUAUUAAAUUUAUGUCAAACGAGCCGAUAGGCGAGUUUCACAAUAACAUCACACGAUUUUUGAUGAUGUGUAACCAUCAAAGAGAAUAGAGUGUAUAGAGGGUUAUUGUCAUAGUAAAUUUUGUAGUCACAGUAAAUUUACUGCCAUCUAUCUACACAGGAUUAAAACCAAAAAUGAAAAUGUAUGUAUCACGAAUUAAUAAACUAGUGGAUGUGAAAUGACUCCUAUUUAGUAUGAAAACCAGUGUCGCUAAACUCACACAUUCAUAGCCACGUUAAAAUACGUCACACACUUACAAAAUUGCUCUGAUUCGUAGCAACUUUCCAUACCAAAAAGUUAUUACCGGUGGACAUUUCUCGAACGAAUAUCAACUGUAGGCUACAUGAGUGACGGUUUAAAAUAUAAUGUCAAAGCUAUAUGACAUACGACUCUUUCAUUAUCUCAUUCAUCUCACAAAAGCUCGCUCAACGUUCACCUAAUACAACUACUCAACACCAGAUGGCGUUAUUUUAUAUAAUUUUAAAAUCACUUACUUAACAGGCGAGAAAAGGGCUAAAAAACCAGUAUAAGUAACGUCUAAUUACGCAUGGUUUGUUACGGAUCUCACGGUCACGUUACACUGGUGUUUUGGAGACCUCUACACGCCUGCGAGUAGCUAACCGUUGGAACUUCUUUCCAUUCGACGAUAUAGGGAGGGGACAGUGUAAUCGGAGUGUUUUAUCGAUAUUUGUGUGUUCAGUUAGGUAUUGAUAUUUCAUUACCGUAUGUUUUAACACAUUUAGAUGAUACUUUAUUUAUGAUUAUUAGUGAUAAUCGUGAUUGUAUGAAAAAUAAUAUGUAGUACAGUACAACAAAUAUCUAACUAGAAAUUUGUUUCUUAUUAAUUGACCAACUAGGUUGUUAAUGUGAACAUUAAAUAUAUCUUAAAGUCAAACAGAUAAAAUCAUAGUUCUUUAAAGGUCUAUUAACUCGGUAUUGCUGUUAUUUUGUAAUCACAAAUCUGCAAUUACUUACAUAGGUAAGUAUUCGUCUUUAACAAUAAAUUUUCUUGUGGCAGCAUUUAAGGCCAAUCUAGACGGGACAACCUGAUUAAAUUGUCAAAUUAAUUGUAUGGUGUGAAAGCAUACAUGAAACUGGCUCAUCGAUCCCACUUGAUUUGAUUGUAAGAUUGUGACCUAUCAAAUCAGGAAGGGGGGCGGCAAAAUUCCAAUAUUUGACGCUAGUUUGCGUGGUACGGAACACUUUUUAUUAAUUUAGUGAGCCCGAAUGUCACUAAUAAUUACUAAAUUAGUAACUAAGUUUUAGGCGUGUGGACGCUAGAUGAGAUGUAUGGCAAUUUUAUCCCCAGAAAUCUUUCUCUAAGAAAUGCUCCUAGCAAAUGGUGCUAUAUUUUUGCGGAAACUAAUUUUCUUGCCCAGUAGCAUUGAUCCAUUUAUUUUUAAUAUCGGCAUCUUGUGGUAACCUACAAUAAUUAAUAAUAAAGAAAUAGAAAAUAUUAAACGUUUAUUCAUGGCACAUUGCAUGCAUUGUACGCAUAAGUGCAUUAAGUACCUAGUCUAAUUAUAUUAACGAUGAAAAUAUGAUGGGUGUAAAAAACAAAAACGUAUGUAAAGGAAUACGAAGGUUUGAAAGGUUGCCAUGAAAUGACCCGACUUAACUUAGUGCUUGAUGACCAGAGCUGCCAUAUUUACUAAGACAUUGAUUAUCCCAAAUAAUAAUUAGAAACGUGUCUAAAAUAAUAAUUUAUUACCGAACUACCAAACAUCAAACUUGAAAUAUCGUAACUUUAACUUUAUCGAUAUAAAUAUCGACAUUGCGCAGCAUCUGAGUAGCGAAGUUAUUUGACAUUUAGGAUAGCGAAUAUUCCAGAUAAACUUAAAGAAUAGUGACAAAGGAUUGUGAACUCUAAGUUCUAACUGAUAAAAUAUAGAUUUACUUAACGAACAUUCGUAAAUAAUGCAAAAGAAACAGAUUUUUCGUAUUUAUCGGAUUAUAUUUAAAUAAAUAACCACCGGUGAUAGGAAAUACCUCCACGUGAAAGAUUUUUUAAACCGCUGUGAUUUCUGCAGCUUAAUACUGCACAAUACGGCAUUUUAAAUUUAAUUAUCAAUUUUUGUUAGACGAGCGUACGUACGACGUGAAUGUCAUUCGAGCAUGAAGUUUACACAACAACUGAGCAUAGUCUGUGCAUAAAGUGAGUCGGUCGCUACUAACUGUCGGAUAGACGGGAACGCCCACUUGCCAUCUCCAUCCUACUCCGUGGUAUGUAUCAAAAAAUGUAUUAAUAAAUAUAACGUAGAGGCUCCAGUGCUCGACACAGCUCCAAUUAUCGACAUUUUCAAUCAUAAUAUCAUAGCAAUAAAGUUGACAGCAAGGUAUCGAAUAUUGGGUCUUAACAUGUCGAUUAUUGGGGGUGUUUACGCUAUAUGGAUAUUUUUUUUAAAACGCCAUAUGAAUUUUAAAUAUCAAACAGUGUCGCCAACGCCAUCUACCCGAAUAUAGACCAAGUUCGAGUUUAAGUUUUUCGUGAUUUCCGAGGCACUUUUUUCCUUAGACUUAUCUUAUACGGAGUUACAUAUAUCUUUGGUAUCAAGACGAGAUGGUUGUAUGAUAGUAUCAUGGCGGGUUUAUGAUAAGUCUUCUAAAUAUCAGAGGAUAAUUUUCUGAGUUAUUUAAGGCCCCGUAGGUUCGUGUUCUUCUCUCACUCUCACUGAGCGUAAGCGAGAGCGAGAUGGAUGUGCGUGCUCGGCACCUCAGAUAUUGUGUUUUUUAAAUUUUAAUUUGUUGUAAGUUUUAAAAGAGAAUAAAGUAAUCGCCCAGUUCCCUCAUAAAUUAAAUUGCGCUAUUUUAGAAGAUAUUUUCAUAUUUUUAGCUUUUAUGCAUAAAUUGAUACACAUUUUUAAAGUGCGUUUUUGACCUAUGUUCGUGUUUUUUUCUAUAUCGAGCGAAAGUAAAACAAUCUGGAUUAGAAAUGUUAUGUGUAGUGUUAAAUAAAUUAAAUUUUUGGCAAUUGUACUUAUUGUUAUCUAAAAAAGCCGUACGAUUUUGCAGAAAGUCCGCUCUCUGAACCUACGGUACCUUAAGAUUGAUGACGAGUUAAUCACAUAGAUUUACUGAUUUACGGAAGACGACAGAAGUUUUGUAUAUUGAAUAUAAAAACUUGUCUUAUACCUAAUUAAUGUCAUUAACGCGAUAAAAUUUCAUUAUUUUACCUUUUCACGUUUCAACUAGGUUGCACUAGCUGU